UAGCAGCUGCCGCGGGAGCUCGGUUGAGGAGAAGAAGGAAAUGGCGGCGGUCGUUUCGGGCACCGUCUCCGCGGCGGGUUUGGAAGGCGGCCCCAAAAUGGCGGAGACCGGAGUCGUUCCCGGAGGCGGCCUGGGCUCAGGAGGGGCGGCGAACGCGGCGGGCAACGGCAUCGUCGACGGAGGGCCCAAGAGUGAAGGCGACUGGCCCGGCCAGAGUGAGAAAAGGAAAGAGAAAAAUGCGAAACGGGGUGGAGGGAGCCGCUUUGAGCCGUACCCCAGCCCUUCUUCGAAAAGAUACCGAGCCUUCAUCACCAACAUCCCCUUCGACGUCAAGUGGCAGUACCUGAAGGACCUGGUCAAGGAGAAAGUUGGUGAGGUAACAUACGUGGAGCUCUUAAUGGACGCUGAAGGAAAGUCAAGGGGCUGCGCGGUGGUGGAGUUCAAGAUGGAAGAGAGCAUGAAGAAAGCGGUGGAGGUGCUGAACAAGCACAGCCUCAGCGGGAGACCCCUGAAGGUGAAAGAGGACCCCGACGGUGAGCAUGUCCGAAGAGCCGUGCAGAAGGCCAUGGCCGCCUCUGGCAGCGGGAUGGGCAUCAGCCCCAGCGGGCCUGGCAUGAUUAACAUCCCGCCCAGCAUUCUCAACAACCCCAACAUCCCUAACGAGAUCAUCCACGCCUUGCAAGCCGGCCGGCUGGGCAGUACCGUUUUCGUGGCCAAUCUGGACUACAAGGUUGGCUGGAAGAAGCUGAAGGAGGUCUUUGGCAUGGCUGGGGUAGUCGUCCGAGCAGACAUCCUGGAAGACAAAGACGGGAAGAGCCGGGGCAUCGGCACCGUCACCUUUGAACAAGCAAUCGAGGCCGUCCAGGCCAUCUCUAUGUUCAACGGGCAGCUGCUCUUCGACAGACCGAUGCAUGUCAAGAUGGAUGAGCGCGCUUUGCCAAAAGGAGACUUUUUCCCUCCGGAGCGGCCUCAGCAGCUUCCGCAUGGCCUUGGAGGGAUCGGCAUGGGAUUGGGGCCGGGCGGAUUACCCAUUGAUGCCAACCACCUGAACAAAGGCCUGGGCAUGGGCAACCUUGGCCCUGGAGGGAUGGGGAUCGAAGGCUUGGGCUUCGGAAUGAAUAAAAUGGGAGGCAUGGAGGGUCCUUUCAGUGGAAUGGAGAGCCUGGGCCGUUUUCCUUCCGGGAUGAACCUCGGCCGGAUGAGUGAGAUGGACCGAGCCAUCGGAGGGGGAUUCGAAAGAGACUUCCCGAGAAACGAAAUGGGGAUGGCCCGUAGUUUUGGAGACACUCUGGACAGAGGCAUAGGGGGUGGCGGGGGCGGCGCCUCGAUCCCGGCCAUUGACCGCAUGGCCCCCGGACUGGACCGCAUGGCCCCCAGCAUCGACAGGCUGCCCACCGGCCUCGGCCACGGGAUCGACCGCGUGGGCUCCGAGAUGGACCGGAUGGGCCUGGUGCUGGACCGCAUGGGCUCCGGCGUCGACCGCCUGGGCUCGGGCAUCGACCGCAUGGCCCCCCUGGGGCUAGAUCACCUGGCCUCCAGCCUCGACCGGAUGGGCCCCGGCAUGGAGCGGAUGGGGGCCGGCCUGGGCUUCGGCCUGGACCGCAUGGGCUCCACCCUCGACCGGGUGAGCAGCGCCAUGGACCGCAUGGGCAGCGGGGUCGACCGGAUGGGGCUGGGCCUGGACCGCAUGGUCCCGGCGGGGAUGGGCCCCGUGAUGGAGAGGAUGCCGGCCGGGCUGGACCGCCUGGGAGCGGCCCCCAUGGACCGGAUGGGGCUGGACCGCUUGGCGGCCCCCAGCAUGGACCGCAUGGGGCUGGACCGCAUCGGGGCGGCGGCCAGCAGCAUGGACCGGAUGGGGCCAGCCCUGAGCCAGGGCAUGGGCGCCGGAUUAGACCGCAUCGGGCUGCCCAUGGGGAGCAGCUUCGAGAGAAGCAUGGACAUGGAGCGCGGGAACUUUGCUGCCGGAAACUUCAGCGGCGCCCUGGGCACCGGAGGACCCGUCGCGGCCGCUGCCGCGGCCGCCGCCGGAGUAGCCAGGAAAGCCUGCCAGAUUUUUGUGAGAAACCUUCCUUUUGACUUUACGUGGAAAAUGCUGAAGGACAAGUUCAACGAAUGUGGGCACGUGCUCUACGCCGACAUCAAGAUGGAGAACGGGAAGUCCAAAGGCUGCGGCGUGGUGCGCUUUGAGUCCCCCGAGGUGGCCGAGCGAGCCUGCCGCAUGAUGAACGGCAUCCAGCUCCGCGGCCGAGAGAUCGACGUCCGGAUUGACCGAAAUGCUUAAAAAAUGUCCCGCCUUUUUAAAAUGCCGAGGGGGAAGUGGGGUGGGAUGGGAAAGCGGGAGUCUGGAUUUGUAAUUCUUUCUCGUUUAUGGUUUCUUUUUUUUAAAAAAAACAAAAUCUGCCUGGAUAUAAUAACUGGCGAGAAAAGCUUUGCUGCUUUCUGGAGUCAUUUUAAUUCUUCCCUUUUUAAAAAAAAACAAAAAAAAACCACGGGGAUGGCUUUUUUCCAUUUUUUUGUUUUUUAAUCUUUACCUCUCUCUCUUUCUCUCUCUCUUUUCGGUAGCAGUUUUUAAACUGCUGAACCCGGCAGAAUUCUGGUUCUUUUGUAGCCGUGCCACCUGGUUGCAUUGCAAAGGGGGAAAAAAAAAAUGUUUGCCUUGUGUCUGGAGUGAAGUCCUUUUUCCAGGAACUGGUGGCUUCCACUUCUUUGCCUGUUCCUGACUGGUGAAAGAACCUUGUGGAAAGUUUUUGGUUUUUUUUGAGGGGUGGGGAGGGGAUGGGGGAGAGAAAGCUAGUCCCGAUCAUUUGUGUUACCUACCCUCCUUUGGAAAAUAGCUUGUUUGGAACCUUUUGUCGACGGAAGCCUUUGGAAAUGUGGGCGACUAGCACGCGAAUCCGACCAAAACUGUCCUGUACGAGAUCUUGUCAACAUUAAAGAUGUUUUUCCUUGUGACUUAACGUUA